AUGGAAAUAAACACACAAAAGGAAGCUGAAAUGUGUUUUAGAAAUGAGAAGUGUGUUCAAAAAAAUAAAAAGAAAGAAAGAAAAGAAAUGGCAGAAAUAAAUAACACCAAUGGAGUGGAAUUUGUUUUUGUGGGAUUUUCUGACUUUCCCAAUAUCCAAGGGUUUUUAUUUGGGAUUUUCUUAGUCAUUUAUAUAAGUAUCCUUAUGGGUAAUGGCUUUAUUAUUGUUAUAAGUAAGGUAGAUCUAUCUCUCCAAACACCCAUGUACUUUUUCCUGGGACAUUUUUCAUUUUUGGAAAUAUGUUAUACAUCAGUCACUCUUCCCAGAAUGCUGACCGACCUUUGGAGCCAGAAGAAAAAUAUUUCUCUGUUGGGUUGUGCUACACAACUUUGCUUCUUUCUUAUUCUGGGUGUCACUGAGUGCUUACUCCUGGCUUCAAUGGCCUAUGACCGUUAUGUGGCCAUCUGUAAGCCACUCUACUAUUCUCUCAUCAUGAACUACAAGUCUUGUGUUCAGCUUGUUGUUGGCUCCUGGAUCAGUGGGAUCCCACUCCAAAUAGGGCAGACAUACCAGGUAUUCUCUUUGUCCUUCUGUGGUUCACACAGACUUAAUCAUGUUUUCUGUGACAUACCUCCAUUAUUGGAGUCAGCAUGUGGGGACACCUCUUUGACUGACUCUUUUGUCUAUGUUGAUAUUAUCUUCUUUGCUUUGAUUCCAUUUCUUCUGAUACUUGGAUCCUAUUUCCGAAUCCUCACCACCAUCCAGAAGCUGCCAUCAGUCACAGGGAGAUCCAAAGCCUUAUCUACUUGUUCUUCUCACCUUAUUGUUGUGUGCUUAUUUUUUGGUUCUGGUAUCAUUGCACAUUUUCAAACAAAGUCCAGUAAAACAGCAGGAACAGGAAAAAUCUUUUCUCUUUUUUAUACUACUGUAACACCAUUGUUUAAUCCUUUAAUAUACAGCCUCAGAAAUAAAGAUGUCAUUGUAGCGAUUCAGAAAUUGUUAUCUAAAGAAGGAGGUCUGAGAACCAAAUAGAAAAACUCACUGUC